AUGCUCAACACUUUGUUACACAAUCCAAAUGUGAAGGAUCGACCGACCCUGGAACGAUACCAAAGCAUGAACAAGGAGCUGUUGGAAGCUGGGUCAGUCAGCACAGCAACUCUGGCGCAGAUAUUUGACUCAAUUCGAUCUCGAGAGUUUCAAAUAACCCAUGUGACGAUGCGGCGCGUCUCGAUAACAUAUUUCUGCAUCCUGAUCGGAAGGCUGGUUGUGUUCGUCCUCAGUGAUUCGUGCCUGUAUUAUUUUGAUCAAACCACAGACAAGGAACCUCGUGGUAUUAUUCCUUUACAAAACGUGGGUGUACGACGAGUAGAGUCAGCUUCUCGCCCAUUCAUGUUU